UCUAGUGCAGAGGAUUUCACCAGGUAUUUGGAAAGAGACCCUAGACAAGUGUGGAGAGCUGUGGAAGACACGACUUUUUCUCUGGUCUUUCAGACAAGUAGUGUCUCCAGGAUGAUGAGUUACUAUAUGGACACAACCCUGGGAAACCCAGCCCCUUAUCCUCUGCCUCGUUCAGGAGUGAUGAGGCAGGGCACUGUCAAUUCCUAUGAAGAUCCUUGGAUGACCUGUGGGUUUCAGUCCACCUGCUACCAGCAAAGGAUUUGCUACCCAGUCUGGGAUGAGUCAGCCAUUCAGGAAGUUCCCACUGGCUUAGAGCACUACAACACCGAUAUGGAAUGUGCAGAUGUGCCUUUGUUAACCCCGAGCAGUAAAGAAAUGAUGUCGCAGGCACUGAAGGCCACUUUCAGCGGCUUUGCAAAAGAGCAGCAGCGACUGGGAAUCCCCAAAGACCCCCAGCAAUGGACGGAGACUCACGUGCGAGACUGGGUGAUGUGGGCCGUGAAUGAGUUCAGUCUGAAAGGAGUGGAUUUCCAGAAGUUUUGCAUGAAUGGAGCUGCCCUCUGCGCUCUGGGCAAGGACUGCUUCAUUGAGCUAGCACCUGACUUUGUGGGAGAUAUUCUCUGGGAACAUCUGGAGAUGCUGCAGAAAGAAGAAGCAAAGCCAUAUCCAGCUAAUGGAGUGAAUGCCGCAUACCCAGAAUCCCGUUAUACAUCCGACUACUUGAUUAGUUAUGGCAUCGAGCAUGCUCAGUGUGUGCCUCCAUCAGAGUUCUCUGAGCCCAGCUUUAUCACAGAAUCCUACCAGACCCUCCAUCCGAUCAGCUCCGAGGAGCUCCUGUCCCUCAAGUAUGAGAGUGACUACCCAGCAGUCAUCCUGCGUGACCCUGUCCAGACAGAUUCCCUGCAGACAGACUACUUCACGAUCAAGCAGGAAGUUGUAACCGCGGAUAACAUGUGCAUGGGGCGCACCAGUCGAGGUAAACUAGGGGGCCAGGACUCCUUCGAGAGCAUAGAGAGCUACGACAGCUGUGACCGCCUGACACAGUCCUGGAGCAGCCAGUCCUCCUUCCAGAGCCUUCAGCGUGUCCCCUCCUAUGACAGCUUUGACUCGGAGGACUACCCAGCGGCUCUGCCCAACCAUAAGCCCAAGGGUACCUUCAAGGACUAUGUUCGAGAUCGGGCUGACAUGAACAAGGACAAGCCUGUCAUUCCUGCUGCUGCCCUUGCUGGCUACACAGUAACUCCCACCCUGCCUGGCUGCGAAGGAAAGAUGAAGGAUGAAGCAGGUCACGAAGUGCCCAAGACGCUGACUGUCUCCAGAGGGGAAGAACAAAGGGCAAGCAGUGGACCCAUCCAGCUGUGGCAAUUCCUGUUGGAGCUGCUCACCGAUAAGUCCUGUCAGUCCUUUAUCAGCUGGACGGGUGAUGGCUGGGAGUUCAAGCUCUCUGAUCCAGAUGAGGUUGCCAGGCGGUGGGGCAAGAGGAAAAACAAGCCUAAGAUGAACUAUGAGAAGCUGAGCCGUGGCCUGCGUUACUACUAUGACAAGAACAUCAUCCAUAAGACAGCGGGCAAGCGCUAUGUGUACCGCUUCGUUUGCGACCUGCAGAGUCUGCUGGGCUACACGCCCGAGGAGCUCCAUGCCAUGCUGGACGUCAAACCUGAUGCCGAUGAGUGAACCCGACAAGUCAGACUGCGCAGAAGAUGCGUUCGUGCCAUUCUGGAGAUUCAGUGGGACUUUCCUUUUUUUGCUGUUUUUUGUUUUUUAAAUUUUAAAGAGCAACUCAAAAUUUGACCUUUGGAAGGGGAGGGGUGGCUGAAGGACUCGUGCUUUUUGCUGAAACUGACAAAGUUUGGUUUGGAGACGAGAAACAGGACUUUUGUCUGAAAGUUCUCAGUUGAGUUUUGAGGACAAAAUUCGGAGUCUUAAGGAAAGCCAGAAAAAUGUAGCUCACUUUUUUGUUUGUUUGUUUUAAACCCUCAGAAUAAUCUCUCCUCCACCAGUUCAAAAAAUUAACAAAAUGAUGCCCUCAGUUACUGUGUUCCCCACACCACAAACUGACAAGUCAGGAAGUGACAAGACCCCCCCAGGGUUUUUUGUUGGUGGGUGGGAGGCAAAGGGGCUGCGGGAUCUUCCUGUUUCAGGAGGGGAAGACAUAGGAAAAACAGGAACUGCUUGUCCUUGUUACAUUGCCUUUCUGUCAAUUGUUUUUUAUUCACACAAAAGGACAGAUUUUUGUUAGGAGGGAUCAAGACUUUUUUUUUUAAUUUGUUAAAAUUUUAUUUUAUUAAAUUUUGUGCCAGUAUUUUUUUUAAUAGUCUUAAGCUCUAAGAUGGUCUCAGUAUUGCAAUAUUGUAUGUGUUUGUUUCUGUUAUGCCAGCAGAGAUUUUUAUCAGUGUGGAAAGGAAAAAAAAAACCAAUUUAUGUAGACCCCACUGGAGGAGUGUAGUGCUAUGACUUAUGUGAAGGAAAAAUAAUUCCAAACUGGCUACUAGUAAUGCUGGGUAAAUGCUUUACCUCUGCAUUGAGUCCCAUGUGCUUUGCUCCAUUGUUUGUUGCUAAAAAAGCUGGUUGAACUAUCUUAAGACCUUGUUUUUUGGUCAAAAAUAUCUUUUUGCUGACAUCACCAUUUUAUGCAAA